UUAGGAGUAUAAACCCACACCAAAACUCUAGCAGCAGCUACCCCUGUCGUCGUUCUUCACCGGAAGAGAUGUCUCCUCUGCGCGUGGCAGUUUCAAAUUUGCUUAAAAAACUUCGCUUUCCUUCUUCCAUAGCCAUUUCCUCCGCUAUAGUUACCGAAAAUUCAUCGCCCAUCUCAUUUUCCGGUAAAAGAUUUUGUCAGUGGUAUCAAACUGGACAAUAUGGUUGGAGACAAAAUCUUAGGGAUCCUUGUUUAUGGAUUCUUAUAUCUGGACAUGUAGUUUUGACUAUGGGGAUUAGUGCCAACACUGCGUUUGCAGAGGACGUAACGACCGAAACGUCUUCCGGUAAUAGUGCUAAUGAUGACUUAAAUGGAUUAAGAAAAAUUGAGGAUGGUUCUGUAGCAUCAAAUAUACAUACAGCGAAAUGGAGAGUCUUUACUGAUAAAGCAAGAGAGCUUUUCUUUGAGGGAAAAUUAGAUGAUGCUGAAAGACUCUUCGUUGCUGCCAUAAAAGAAGCUAAAGAAGGUUUUGGCGAGCAAGAUCCGCAUGUUGCGUCUUCAUGCAACAAUCUGGCAGAGUUGUACAGGGUCAAGAAGGCAUUUGACAAAGCAGAACCGUUGUAUUUGGAAGCUAUCAAAAUCUUAGAGGAAUCUUUUGGUCCCGAUGAUGUAAGGGUUGCGGUUGCUGUUCACAACCUAGGGCAGUUCUACAUUGGACAGCGGAUGUUGGAAAAAGCUCUAGUUAGCUAUGAGCGCGCUUUGAAGAUAAAAAGGCGUGUUCUGGGAUAUAAUCAUUCAGAAUGUUCAGAUACAAUGUAUCAAAUCGGCAUGGUUCUGUAUCUACAAGGAAAAGAAAAGGAUGCUGAGAUCAUUAUUAAGGACUCCAUAAGCAUGUUAGAGAAAAGUGGCGAAGGGGAGUCAAUUGUAUGCAUUAGAAGACUCCGUUCCCUCUCCCAGAUAUAUUUGAAAUCGCAUCGUCUUGAUGACGCUGAGAUGGUCCAGAGAAAGAUCCUGAAUAUAAUGGAAUUCUCAAAGGGAUGGAAAUCGUUGGACACAGUUAUUGCAGCUGAAUCCUUGGCCCUGACCCUACAAGCAUCUUCCGAAACAAAACAAUCAAAAGAGCUUCUUGAAAGAUGUCUUGAGGUCCGGAGAGCCUUACUUCCUGGUGAUCAUAUUCAGAUUGGUGCAAACCUGCUUCAUCUUGCAAGAGUGGCAAUGCUUGAUUUCAGUCAAAACAAAAAAUUGGAUGUUUCUAGAGCUAAAGCUGAGCUUGGUAUAGCAAAGGAUUAUUUGCAUAAUUCCAUAAGGAUUGUGCGUCAAUGUUUAGAUACGAUAUUAAAACAAAAAGACAAGUCGAAGAAAACUAGUGUUCGUGGACAUACUAGUAAGGAAGCCCAAGCAGCACUUGUCAUAUUGUUGCAAUCACUCAGUACUCUAUCAUCGUUGGAGUUGGCUAAGGAAGAAUUGCAGGAGAUUCAGAAAGGGGAUAUUAACGUCAAGGCUAAAGAGGCACUCCUUCAAUGCAUUGCUGCUUACAAUGAGUUUGUUGUACAUAAGAAGUCCAUUGCCGAUUACCCUGAAAUAAAGAACGAAUAUCUUUCAUGUUUUAAGCGUGCUCAAAGCUUGCUUGGCAAUAAACUUGAUGGAGAAGGUAUCCAAAAGCUGAAUCAAACAUCAUGAAGAGGUCUUUUUUCCUUUUCUAUUUUUUGUGAAGAUGAAGUUUUUAGUCAAAAAGAGAGAAAUAAAUAUACCACACGCGAUAGGGAGCAUAAUUGCCUCGGCUCUUGGCGACGGAAAGAAAUGUACAUUUGACCACACUUACAGCAGACAUGGGGUUCUAUCAUAAACAUUCUUUAUAAUCACACAAAGCAUCUCACUUUGAUUUGCAUGAUUAUUAAUCACAUUACCUUGAUAAUGAAUUGUUCUAUACUUCCAAUUUGUUGAAUAUAAAAAACGUAUGGUCAUCGAAUUUUCUUUUGAUAAUUUCAUUUGAUACUUCCAAUUUGUUGAAUAUAAAAAA